UUAAAGUGAUGAAACAAAAAACGUCAGACGCUGGAAUUGAUGAGCUGAGGGUUGCACUGAAGGAAAUGGUUUAUGCGAAACAAUGUCUUCUUAAUGAACUUUGCACUACACGAUUAACCAAUGAGAAACUUUCCAAACAACUGGACAAACAAAGAAAUUUCUUCCUAGCAAAAGACGAAGCAUUACAGCUGGAAAUGAGGGAAAUAAAAUCUGCUCUCCAAUCAAUGAAGAGUUCGUUACAGAGAUCUAACAGAAAGCUUGCGCGCCACAUGCGAGGAUGUGCCAAUACACGGUUUCGCCUUGGGGCAAUGUUUCUCCGGAUGCGGUCUACCAAACAUUGGCACGAGAAACGACGGAAUCGUUAUCAGAAAAUGUGUUUCCAGUUCGCAGCGUACGUACAGGAGCAGAAUCGCUACAUGCAGACGGUUGUUCAUACUCAGCUGAGCGGUGAAAGCAUUACGACCUCCCAUCGGCAGUAUUUGGAUCUUCUAACCCGGUGUUCCCAGCUAAUUCACGAAAAUAUGAACUUGAGACUGUUGUUCAUGAACAAACUAGAUGAACGCGGAAUAGCUUCAUACCGAAACAGUGCUCCUGCGAGUCCAGAUAGCAGCAAAAUGGAAGAUGAGAGGGAUUUUGAUUCCGGUUCGGAAGCAACAGUUUUUUGUAUUGCUCCAAAAUAUUUUGUCAGACAACGUUUCCAUUCUGUUUGAAUAUUCCUAUGUAUGAAGCAAUAAUUGUAUAGC